AUUUACUAAUAAGAGAGGUUAUAAAUAUUAAUCUUAACAUUAACAUUUGGAAAUUAUUAAAAAAUGUGUCCGAAUUCAGGAAAAAAAGUGAUUUGUUUCAUUUGUGAGAUUAGUUUUCCAACCAAAUUAUCAAUGUUGAAACAUGUUUCUGAAAUGCAUCAAAUUUCAGAUGAUAUAAAUACUGAAUCGAAUUCAAUUAUACAUCAAAAACAGAAUGACUCUAUUCUUAUUUGCAACGAUAGCAUGAAUAAUGUUAGUUUGGUCAUUUCUAACAACGAAAAUUUAGAAAACCAGCAUUCAGUGUUAGCACAAUUAUCUAAUAGUCAAUGUUCCAGGAAUUUAGAAUUGGAGAAAAAUAUAUCAAAAAAUAUAAAAGUUUGUCAUCGCACAGUGCAUUGUGAAAUGAAAUUAAUUAAAUGUGUGCUUUGUGAUGUUUCAUGUAGGACAAAACAGUUUAUGUUAACACAUUAUGAAAAUGACCACAGUAUUAAAAUUAUUACUGAAAUUGUGAAGUUUGACAAUGUUUCUCAUUUUUUGAAAUGGAAAAAAGAUAUGGAACAAAAAACAGUGACCAGGUUUGUAAAAUAUCGCAAUAAAUAUUUUAAAAGUUCAACUAAAAACUUUUAUAGAUGCCAUCGGGAUGGUGUAUUUAAGAAAUCUGGUAGAAAUAUCCGUCAGUUGAAAUCUCAUGGAAGUAAUAAAAUUAAUGGCCACUGUCCAGCCAAACUGGAAGUAUGUCAUUUUAAAGAAAAACAAGAAAUUUUUGUCAAGUAUACAAAAACCCAUGUAGGUCACACAAUGGAAAUUCAAAAAAUUAAUUUAGACACUGAAGAAAGACAAUUUAUUGCCUCAAGAUUAGCAAAUAAAGUUCCAAACAAAAAAAUCCUUAAUGACAUUCGUAACGCAAAUAUUGGUAAAUUAGGAAGACUUCAGCAUGUGACUAUGAAAGAUUUACACAAUAUUAAAAAAUCAUUAUCUGAUAAUGAAGUGCCUCUAGAGACAAAUCACAGAAUACUUAAUUGGAUUAAAGAGGUUCAGGACAGUGGGAAUAGUUCAGCCAUAAAAUUUUGUAAACCAAUUGGAACAAUCAUCAAAGAAUUUCCAUCACUGACAUCAGAGGACUUUUUGUUGAUUGUUGUAACUGAUAGACAGCUUAGUAAGUUACAAGAGUUCGGAACUGAUAUUGUCUGCAUUGAUAUUCAUCAUGAUGGUGACCAUACAUUUGAUAUUGUUGUGUUAAGUGUGAUUGAUGAGAAUAAACAGUCAUUCCCUAGUGCAUUUAUGUUUUCCAAUGUUUUAACUAAAGGUAUAUGUGAAUUAUUUUUUGAAGUUAUUAAAUCUUGUUUAGGUUUCCCUCUUAAAUCUAGAGCUGUUAUGACUGAUAUUGAUGACUUUUUCCAUAUUUGGUGUUCGGUAAUGCUUUUCUCAUCAUUACAUUUAUAUUCAUCAUGGUUACUGAAAAAUAGAUGGCAGAAAAAUGCAGGAUCUAAAAUUCAUUCUUUGGUUAAGCAACAACUCAUUUUUGAUAAAUUGGUAACACUUAUCGAAGAAAGAAACUGCGAAGAAUUUGAAAAAAUGCUCAGUGAAAUUUGCCAUUCCAUGGAGCAGGAUUUUGAGCUAGAAAACUUUGGACAUUAUUUUGAAUACUUCAAAAACAAUAAACAAUCCUGGGCCCAGUGUUACAGAGACAUUGCUGACAUUAAUUAUAGCCUUUUGUUUGAAAGACUUAACCGCUCAAUUGAUUUCAUAUAUAAUCAAGAAAAGAGGAUAGAAUAUAUUGAUACGGUAGUUGAUUUGUUGAUCGAUUUUGUAGAGAGUAAAUUUUUAGAGAUUGGUGACUGUAGUCAAGAAAUAAUGAAAAGGCAUGAAUUAUGUUUAAAUUCAAUGGCUGCUUUAUCAAUUAGUGAGAAUGGGGAUAACACUUGGACAGUAUCUUGUUUGAAGAAGAAUAUUGAUGAAGUUUUAGAGGACAACAAGCAUUUUAAAUGCGAAUUCAAAGCUUCCUUCCUACUUUUGGAAGUUAGGGAUCAAAAUUUUAACUAAUCAAUAUGAUGUGAAGACAGAGCUGCAGUCUUAACCGCUUGUUUUUCAUAAUUGUCUAAAACAUCUCAGUGGAGAGAGAUAGCAAGUGAAAGAGACCUUGCAGAAGAAAACUAUGUAUAUUCUAGACUAUUACCUGAAAUCCAUUUCAAAGGAGAAUAGAGAGAAAAUCUGUGAGAGGAAAUAUCAGAAACACAAAUAUAAAAAGCAAAUUGAGCGUAUAACCGCCGAAAAUAUAAUAUAAGGAAGCUAAGCUGGUUUAGUCAUGUUAAAAGAAUGAAAGAAAAAUAAUGGACAAAAGCAUGUACGAAACGAGUUUAGAAGAAAAAAAGCCGACAGAAAGACCUAGACAAA